AUGGAACUUCUAUUCCUUUCUUGCGCCUUUGCUUCCCGUCUUUGGGAUUGGAUUGGCUCUAGGUUGAAUCGUGUUGUUGACGUAUCUUCCUUUGAUUCCCUGCUGUCUUGUCGUCCAGCGAGUUGCUCCUCCCAAGUGGCAGACAUUUUUUUAGCAGCAAUCUUGUAUACUCUUCAUACUCUAUCCGUUUCUCUGCGUUUCAGCCCUCAUUACACUCAGCUAAGAAAUUUUGAAUGGUCGCUUAAGCGACGCUGCAAAGUGUUGUCUGAUGACUUCAUGCUUAAGCGUGCUGUAAGCGAGCUGAGAGUGGAAUUGGAUAGAGAACCAACAUGGUUUGAAAUAUACGACAAACUUCAUAGACCAAAAGCGAAACCAGAUGAGUGGUUUAACGAAACACAAGCUAAGAUAGCUGAAAUGUUCCAAACUCAAAUGUUUGAGAAACACUCUCAAAGUGGUGAGAUUAGUAGUCAACAACCUACUGAAGAAAUUGACAAUGAUAUUUAUAUGGAAAUUGUUGGAGGCAUUAACAAGAAGGGGCGCAUAUUUGGAUUAGGAUCUCAAGUUGUUGUUGUCAAAGAAUCUUUGAGACCAUCGCCUUCAAUUUCAACCGAUGUAGCUUCUUCGGAAAAAGUUGCUGCUAUGGAGGCUAAAAUUGAAGCAUUAACCGCUGAACUUGAAAAGAAAAUUUUUGAACAAGAAACGCUAAAACAGAAGAUGGAGCGCUUGGAGCAAAUGAUUGGGAAUAUUGUGCCUAAUAUGAACACUUCAAUGCAGCAGGAAGGAGAGGGUGAUAAUGGUAACAAUUAGAUAGAUGAACUUUAGCUUGGUUGCUUUUAUUUUGGUAUCUUUUGUUAGAUAAAACAUAUCAUGGUCUUUUAUAUUUUAGACAACUUUAUGUUGGUAACUACUAAGUGGAUCGAUGGUAAACUUAUCUUGGUAACUACUAGGUGGAUUGGUGAUAAACUUUAGUUUGAUUACCUUCAAUAUUUUGACAUUUUGUGGUCAUGUUUUGUUUUUAUGAGUGUACUUUGUCCCUUCUCCUAACUCGGGUAUCAAAAUAUUAUUGACAUUCUUGAGA